AUGACUGUGUUGGGGAGAGAUUCGAAGAUCCUGAUCGCGGGCGCCGGCCCCUCUGGUCUGGCACUGGCACAGAUGCUGCGGAAGGAAGGCAUCAGUUUUGAGAUUUUCGAACGCGAUUUAUCGCGGUCUCAAGGAUGGUCCGUGGGGCUCGACAAAUGCCUGGACGAGCUGGAGCCACUCCUGCCGGGAGAUAUCGCCGGGUUCGCCACGCUGAGUCCCAACUACGCACAGGGGAAGCUGGACUCCUUCAGCUUCAUGGACGGAAUCACGCACCAGGUCUUAGGGCAGGUUGGAUCUAAGGGCCUCGACGGCCGAGACAGAAUGUACUUCUGCCCGCGCGAGAAGAUCCGUAAACUCCUGACACCGCACACGAACCUUCAAAUAGGCAAACACGUUACCGGCUACAAGGACGACGCCGAGGGAGUAACGCUACUCUUCAAAGACGGCACCAGCGCUCGUGGCACGAUGCUCGUCGCCGCUGACGGCGCGCGGUCCGCCGUGCGACGACAGUUGCUCGAGCGCAGCCCGCUGAUCCAAACCGAGUUUAUCGUGAUCAACGGUGUCGUCCGGCUCACCAAAGAGCAGUGGGCGCCGAUCCUCGAGCACUCAACGUGCGGCAUCCUCCUCGGCACGGACAAAUGCAAGUUCUACUUCUUACUGAUUGAGUACUGUGACGACGACAGCGGCGAUGCGUGGUUCAACUGGAACAUCUCCUACCGGAGUAGCGACUAUGCAAAGGACAAUCUGUGGUCGUCCUCGGCGAGCGCUGAUGAACUCCUCCAAAAGGGCCUAUCGGUGAUCAAAGACCUGCCACCGUUUCUGAUCGACAGCGUGGCUCGCACGCCGCUCGAGGGCGUCCAGCGCCCGCCCAUCAAGCUGGCCGAGACGGUCCUGCCCAACCAGCUCCUCCCGCGCGGCAACGUCACUCUGAUGGGCGACGCUGCGCAUUCAAUGCUCCCCUUCCGCGGCAUGGGCGCCAACACGGCUCUCAUCGACGCGUCCGAUCUAGCCAAAGGCAUCAUCGAGGGUAUCCGCAACUCCAGCUCCGUGGACUCGGUGCUCCAGGCAUAUGAGAGAGUCAUGAUCCCCCGCGGGCGCGAGCAUGUCCUCGCGUCCCAUGCCGUCGGGGAGGCUGCAGUCGCGAGCCAACUCGCUGGGGGGAGGCUCGAGGAAGUUCAGAAUCUAGCUGCUUCAGGGUGA